AUGCCGCGAUUAUCAGGCGACGAGCUGCUGCCGGGUACAAUCACAGACGAGCCCACCCCUCUUGGUCGCAUGACGCCCUCGCCCUCGCCCCCUCCACCGUACCCCGAGCCCGAACAAGAACGAGACCAGGACACGGCACCCCUCCUCCCCGCACCCAUAACCCACACUGGUCCCCAAGCACCCCUCUGCGAUCCCCUCCUCUUCGCCUGUACCGACAUUGCGUGGCUCGAUGCCGGACUGUGUUGCGAGACGAUUGGGGCCGCGUUUCACUGUUGUGCAGAGGUGUUUGGGGCGCUGGGACACGCUUGUGUAGAUGCUAUACCCGCACUACUCGGGGCCUUACCAAACGGAUCGACUGACGGCGCCGCCACCCCACGCGCCUCCGCACGCAAGCAGCUCCUCACCCUCAGCGAGAUCGACCGUCUCCUCACCCAUGUAUCGCAACACUCCCCCAAGACUAGGAGAGACACACCAAUGAUCAUGCGCGCGCACCCCGUGCCGUGGAUGAAUGCGGGGUGCGGCGCUCCCGAGCUUGAGCCUCCUGCCAGCGAGACGGCCAAGCAGUACCCCCCUCUCAGCGAGCAAGAGAAGGAGAAUCUCGGAAAGCCCAAGCCCAUGAGCGCCAGCUACACCUCGUUUGACCUUCCACUCGCCACGGACCCGCGCCUGUACGACCUCUACGUCAACUUCUCUGGUGGUUUCCGUAUGGGCAAGCUGCUUGAGAACCUCGACUCGCUCGCUGGCGCCGUCGCGUACAGGCACUGCCUGCCCGUUGAGGUUGCAGCCGACGGGCGCGCGACACAGAACUUUCACGCCGAGGCCGCCAAGGCCGGCCUGUACAUUGCAACGGCGAGCGCAGACCGUCUCGACAUGUUUGGCGUCCUGAACCAUGAGAAUGUUCGCGACCUCCGCUUCUCAGGCUUCGUCACGUGGACCGGUAACUCGUCGAUGGAGGUGUUCGUCAAGAUGGAGGGUACCAGGCCUGGCUCGACCGAGAGCGAUACGCUCAUGCUGGGCCGGUUCGCGAUGGUUGCGCGCGACACGCACACCGGCAAGGCGCGCAAGGUGCCGCAGCUGAUUGUCGAGACUCCCGAGGAGCAGUCGCUGUGGGACUUUGGGCAGGAGCACAAAGACCACCGAAUGGCGAUCGCCAAGCGCACGCUCGACAAGGCGCCACCUGACGCUCGCGAGGCCGCCGAGCUGCACGAGCUGAUGCGUCGCGCCCGCGACGCAAAGGACAACACGCUCGAUGGCGAGAUCAUGGUCCCCAUGGCUGACACGGUCAACGAAAGCGUCCAGCUCAUGUUCCCGCAGGAGCGCAACCUCCACGGCAAGGUGUUUGGAGGAUUCCUCAUGCGCCAAGCGUACGAGCUCUGCUUCACCACGGCCGCGACAUUUGCCCACGCGCCCAUGCGCUUCCAGUCGCUCGACCAAAUCGUCUUCCGUCUUCCGGUCCCCAUUGGGGCAAUCGUCCGCCUCACCUCCAAGGUUCUCAAGACGACCAAGCCGACUGACGAGUUUGACAACGAGGCCAAGGCCCACAUCAUGGUCAAGGCUGAGGUCGAGGACGUCGAGACUGGCGACAGGCAGGAAACAAACACGUUCUAUUUUACCAUGAAGAAGCCGCGCGGCAAGGUGAUCGGACGCACCGUCGUUCCCUCGACGUACUACGAGACGAUGCAGUACCUCGAGGGUAGCCGCCGUCUCGAGGUUGGCGACGAGGUUCGCAAGCUCUACAUGGCGCGCACGCCUGCCAACGAGGAGACGGGCGCGUAA